CAUCCUGUCGUUUUACUGGACUUUGACCAUUACCUCAGUGUGAGACAAGGUGACUGUGAACACGCCAACAGGUCACAGGAUGCUUCAGCUGAAGAAUGAACAACCUUUGAAACCUCAACCCAGGGCCUUCCGUGCUUUGGUUUUCCAUCACGCCGUUUUCUUUCUUCUCCUAACACAUCACUGUGGAGGUCAGCCUCAGAUGGUCAGUCCAUCUCAGCCAAUAGUGGCAGUAGUUGGUGAUGACGUCAUCUUGCCAUGCCACCUGGAACCUGCCAUGGACGCUUCAGACAUGACUGUGGAGUGGACGAGACCUGACCUGGAACCCAGAUUUGUCCACGUGUGGCGUUCUGGUGUUGAACUGGAGAAUAAGAAACAUCCGUCCUACAUGGGAAGAACGUCACUGUCCCCCAACAGACUGAAGCAUGGAGACAUUUCACUGACACUCCCCAGAGUGAAACUCUCUGAUGAGGGAACGUACAAAUGCUUCAUUCCCACUAUCAGUAGAGAGUCAACAGUCGAUUUUGUUGUUGGUGCCGUUUCCUCACUUAACAUCAGCUUAGCGAGGCCUGAGAAUGAAGAAGAAACCAGUGCAGUGGUGUUAGAGUGUGAGUCUAAAGGCUGGUAUCCAGAGCCUGAGGUGUUGUGGCUGGACGGUGAGGGAAACCUCCUCUCUGCUGGACCUACAGAGACAGUCAGAGGUCUUGAUGACCUCUAUACUGUCAGCAGCAGAGUGACUGUGGAGAAGAGACACAGCAACAGCUUCACCUGUAGAGUCCAACAGAACAAAACCAACCAGACCAGAGAGACAGAGAUUCAUGUUCCAGAUGAUUUCUUCAGUGCUCCAUGUAGCAGUGCUACUCAGACAUGGAUCAUCAUCAGUUUGGCUUUGGCCUUCGCAGUUAUUGUUGCAGUUGUCUUUGUUGUGUGGAGAUGGAGACAGACAGGAAACAGCAACAAACUGAAACCUUCAACAACAGGGAGUUUAAUUAACUACACAGAGCUUCACACUCUCGUUGAUGAAAAAGGAGAAGCAGUGCAGGCCACGACAGAGAGUGUGGAGGUGAAGGAUUUGGACAAGAAAGAAGAAAACCUCAAAGUGCAGUUAAAUGAAGUAGAAGAAGAGCGCAGGGAUGUGGUGGGAGCCAGUUAA